AUGGGUACACGUGAACUGCCUACCUCUAUCACAGCGAUCCGCAAUCCAAACAGCCUAUUGGCAAGCAUGCCUCCACGACCAGCCCUUUCAGAGCCUGCGGUGUUUUCGCUCAUUCUGACUGUGCGUGAAACAGGACGCCGGUUGGCCAUGAGCGAUUGCGCAGUAGCCACUGCUUGUACCAUCGUGCAUCGAGCCUUGCGGGUAAUGACUACAGGUGAUGAACAACCAUUCGGCACCACAACGGGCUCCGUUGCUGGUACAUCUGUAAAUGGAGAUCAUGAUGCCAGUUCGGAAUCCAUCGAGCAUUCAUUUCGUCACAGCCUGGCGGACGUGGAUCCCUAUACAAUCGCAAUGGCUUCCAUUAGUUUGGCGGGAAAAGUUCAAGAGGAACACCAACGCCUACGAGAUGUAAUUGUUGCGUUUUAUCGUACACUGCAUAAAUCCUGUCGGCCACCUCUCGAAGUAGGCGAUGACUACGAUCGUCUUCGCGAAAGUCUCGUGUCCACAGAAUUGUUUCUUAUGCGAUUGCUGGCGUUCCACGUCCGACGUCCCGCGCUUCCACAUGCCUAUCUGGUUCACUAUUUACAUUCACUACUGCACUGGGUAGGCAAGGGGAUUGCCCAACCUUCCGGUACCGAAUUGAGUGGGAGUGGUGGAGGUAAUCCUGGUGCGACUGGAGGUGCUGUUCUUGGAUCAGGCUCAACUUCGAUGAACGCAGCCACCAUUGCAUUGGCUCGGCUUCCCGGAUUGGCAUGGUCCAUCCUGGCCGAUUCUUAUCAUUCCCCUAUCUGUUUGGAUUUCUCCCCGGAGCAUAUUGCAGCAGCAAUUUUGCAUUUGGCUCUGCGUAUUGCCGGUGUGGAAAUCCCGGGAAAUCGGCAUUCCGAAAUGGCUUGGUGGCAGGCCAUCUCCGAUAGUCUAUCUCGUGAAAUAGUCGAACAGAUUCAAUUGCGUGUGAUGGACAUCUACGCGGUAGAUGACAAGUUGAAAGCGAAUGCCACCCAGCGAUUUUCGGACGACUUCUAA